AGGAAGUCACAGUUUUGCUUCGAUUGAUUUUGCAUUACUCCAUUACUAGGCCAGUGUGCUGCUGUUGAAAGAGUUAUUCCGUCCACUUAUUAAGUUUAAGGGAAGUACAAAGUGUGAACUAAGCUGAUAAUGAUGGCUGCGACCCACCCGCAACAUGUGGAGUACAGUGCAAAUUACUACAACGCGUAUUACGAUUAUGGUCAGUUUAACCAUCAGGACCAUUAUCAAACCGGUUAUCCGCACUUUCAAACGAACGUUCGCUAUGCAAGCAGUGCGGCUUUAUAUCUACCUCACGCAGAAGGACCCCACAACCAGUUGAAGCAGAAACAAUCGGAGGAAAACCAGUCCCAGGAUCAAACCGCAGCUCCAACACCUGCAGAAAAUCAACAAUCGUAUUAUUCAAAUGCACCGUCCUAUUACUCGAAUCAAUAUUACUGCCAGCAGCAGUUUAACAGUUAUCAUGAUUAUUACGCUUACCAACACGGAUAUCCUGCGCACGGGCUCGAAUCAGGGAUGACGAAGCCAGAGUCGACACCGGAAAGUAACAUCAAUCAUAUGUACAGCAACAACAACGGUGCGUAUCAGCAAACGGAGGAUUCUACGACAGCAUCCAACAACACAUACGCCAAACAGCCAGACUCACAAACCCAGAGCGAACAAUUUUCCUAUGGCAAAAAGCGCAAACUGGAUAGCAAUGCACCAAAGGAGGACUCGCCAGCGUUACGGGCGUUGCUCACCAAUCCAUCGAAAAAAUUAAAGUACACUCCCGGUUACACCUCAUGUGGCGUUAUUAACAUGAUGUCGCCCAUAAGCGAUCGAAUCGCACCGGAAAUAGUCCCGCCCUCGCCGAACAAGACCAAUGACAGUAUCGACAGUAUUCUAGAGUGUGCCAACAGUGGCUUCGAAACGAGUCUUCAGAAUGACAGUGUAGGUUUUUCGCUGAAUCAUCAUUAUUCCAACCCACCGACCGCAACCAGCUUCGAUGGUGUCAGCACUCCGCCAUUAUCGCCAAAGGAUCUGGAUAUCUCUCUGUCGAAGUCACCGUCCGCUGCAAACGAGAAGGACUUUUCCCACUUCGAUGGUACGACAAAAGAAUCAACCAAACGAACGCGGCAAUCCUACUCGCGCUAUCAAACAUUAGAACUGGAAAAGGAAUUCCAAUUCAAUCGAUAUCUGCAACGACGUCGACGCAUCGAAGUGGCCAACGCAUUGAAACUCACCGAGCGUCAGGUGAAAAUUUGGUUCCAGAACCGUCGUAUGAAAGCGAAAAAGGAUCAAUCAAUCGCUAGCCCCGACAGUGUUCUAUACGAGGAAGGUCAGCAACAUCACCCCCACCUCCACCGCCAACCAAGCUAUCAACCCCAAGGAGCGUCAUUAUCUUUUAUCGGUUACAAUCAACCCCCGAUGCAAAACUACGGCAGUUAUGAGGUGACUUCAUCGCACAACUUUCAGCCCUGUGGGAAAUCUGUCUGAUGUGAAAGACACACCAACCGAUCGGGGAAUAUCGGGUAGGGGAGGGGAAAAAAUCUCUGCAUUCGACUUUGAUGCGCAAUCCAGAGCAUUUAAACCAUCCUGAAAAGUACAACCAAGCACACGUGAUGCCUUAGCUGUUAAUCAAA